AUGGGAGUCAAUCAUCGCAGAAACGCGAUUGCAUCUUUCCGGGAUGUAAAGCUCGACCCACCCAUGGUCUACCUGGUGCGGUACGCGCCGUGUACUGCGGCUCCCACAAGAAGGGUGUCAUGGUGCAUCUCUUCCAAGAAUCGCCGGACGUCUCAAACAACGUUAAGCAAGAAGACCACCGGCACAACUCCACGCCAGGCUCCCACCGUGGCAGCAGGAGUACCCCAAGGAGAGGCUCGAGCGCCUUCCAACGUAGACAAGACCGGGGCUAACAAAGCGUGGCAAGGCCGAAAGGCCACGAAAGAUCGUGAUUCCACCGACGGCGGAGACAAGAACAGCAGCAGCAAGAAGCGCCGUGGAAGUAAUGGUGGCAAGGACAAUCGAGGAGAGGUUUCCAAAGUCAAUGCGACCAGAGAGGAUCUACCGACAACAGUCUCUGUCGAGACUACUGUCUCAUCCCUGCGGUCACCAACCUCAGCAGCCGCCACCAAACCCCUGUCCUCUCCGCCCAACCGGUCGGGCGACACGGCUGGCAUGGCCCCGUCCGUUGAGUUCCAUCUCUUAAGGCAGGCCAGGGAAGUAGCUAAGAAGGAAGCAGCGGCAAGUGGCGGAGGGAGGAGGCCCCGAGCGCCGUCCCGCAGGGCCCUGGAGGCAUCGGGGCAGCUGAAGCACGAUGGUGCUCAAUGGAUGACGCGGGAGAGAAAAGCGGAGGAAGCUAGGUUCAAAGCUGAGCUAAGAGAGCAGAGAAGGCAGUACAAGGCGGCGGGCCUCAAGUCUGGAGUUGUGCUGGAGGCGUUCGUGGCGGAGGCUGCGGGGACCGGGACAGCGGGCGACGGCGUCGGUGGCGGCGUUGCAGGAGAACUUGGAGUGGGGUCGGCAACAACAAAGCACGGUCGUGAUCCCGCCUGGCAGAAGGUGUCGCCGGGAAUUCUCGCGGCGUCUCCGGAACAGGAGCAGGCCACGGAGCAGGAGGAAACGCUUUCGCCAUCGUCAGAGAGACCUUCAAAGCGACCCAGGCCACCCGCAGCGCCCAACAGCACACCUCGCUCCGAGUCCCCCAAUAUGGUGGAGGACUUGUCGGGCAUUCUGGACGGUCCUUCGUCCAACGGGGUGGCGUGACGUGGCGGUGUUGGUGCUGUCGCUGUGAUCAACGCUCAAGCCGCCAAGACCGGCACUGAGUGGGCUUCCAGGAUUCUCGAGCCACGACAUAAUUUGUCAUGACAGGGAGACGAUGACCGAGAUGAGAAACAAAAUGGUACGGGAUGAAAAAAACGCAACCGUUUUCGAAAGAAUGAAUGGGAGCUGAAAGGGACCUAAGUUGCUACAGCUUCAGAGUCAGCAGCGAUGGGAAGGUAGACCGUAGAGAGGAAUUCCAGUGAUACUUGUAGCAGAGAUCCGAUCCUGUUUUUUUUUUUUGUGAGUUAGUUCGACGUUUAACAGUUGUACCCGGUGAAGUACACGUCAUUGUUGGGCGGUGGUCUUGAGGUUUCACUCCCGGCGUUUUCGUGCAAUAUGAGGCACAUUAUGUUGUGCAGUGAAGUUCUCCCGCGGGUUGGUUUUGUCGACGUCGUCUAAGGGGUAUGCAUUUGGCUGAACAUAGAAGAGCGAGUCAUUUCAGGCGUUUGAUUAAGGGGGCAUAUGGUUCAAUGAUGGAAAUUCAUCUUGUGGUUUGACGACAGCCGCGUGGUACGGUCUGCUGCUUCAACAACGGAAUGACGACAAUGUUUGAUUGAACGUG